CGGCCAAAUUGAAUUGUUUUGAUUUGGCCUCGCGGCAUUUCUUUGUUUUUUGUGUUAUUUUUGAGGGACCCUAAGAUGCUGCCCAACGCCAACGACAAGAAGGAUCGCUACGCCAAGUUGUCCUUCCUUGGUGAGGGUCAGUUUGCCAUUGUUUAUAAGGCCCGGGACACGGUGACGAGUCAAAUUGUGGCCGUGAAGAAGAUCAAGAAGGGUUCCCGCGAAGAUGCACGCGAUGGGAUCAACAGGACGGCUCUGCGGGAGAUUAAGAUUCUGCAGGAGCUGCAGCACGAGAAUGUCAUCGGUUUGGUGGAUGUCUUCGGGCAGCUGUCCAACGUCUCGCUCGUUUUCGAUUUCAUGGACACCGACCUGGAGGUGAUCAUCAAGGAUACCAAGAUUAUCCUGACCCAGGCGAACAUAAAGGCCUAUGCCAUAAUGACUUUAAAGGGCCUGGAGUACCUGCACCUGAAUUGGAUACUCCAUCGCGAUCUGAAGCCCAAUAAUUUGCUGGUCAACAGCGAUGGAGUGCUGAAGAUCGGUGAUUUCGGUCUGGCCAAAUCGUUUGGCUCGCCGAAUCGCAUUUACACCCACCACGUGGUCACCCGGUGGUAUCGUUCGCCGGAAUUGCUCUUUGGAGCCCGGCAGUAUGGCACUGGAGUGGAUAUGUGGGCGGUGGGCUGCAUCCUGGCGGAGUUGAUGUUGCGGGUGCCCUUCAUGCCGGGCGAUUCGGAUCUGGAUCAGUUGACCAGAAUCUUUGCCACACUGGGAACACCGUCGGAUGCGGAAUGGCCGCAUUUGGGCAAGCUGCACGAUUACCUGCAGUUCAGGAACUUUCCGGGCACUCCACUGGAGAACAUCUUCACCGCCGCUGGCAAUGAUUUGAUCCACCUGAUGCGCCGGCUGUUCGCCAUGAAUCCCCUGAGGCGCGUGUCCUGCCGGGAGGCCCUGAGCAUGCCGUACUUUGGCAAUAAGCCCGCACCCACGGUGGGCCCCAAACUGCCCAUGCCCUCGGCCAUUUUGGCCGCCAAGGAGGGCGCCAAUCCGCAGGCCGGCGAGGAGAAGCCGGCGCUCAAGCGAAAGCUGGUGGAGACCACGGUGAGGGGCAAUGGAUUGGCCCAGAAGAAGCGACUGCAGUUCUAGCAUACACUUAAGGUAUCAAUAAUUUGUAAGAGCGUCAAGGAAUGCAUUGCAGUCCGGAAACAAAUUAGUCGCCACAAAUGUUAUCUUGUAUAUUUAAUAUUUCUAAUUGAUUUUCAUUGUUGAAUGAAGCAAUUCUUAGAGUUUGUAAUACAAAUUUGUUCACAUCAAAUUCCUGCUUUCAUAUGUUAAUUCCUAGCGGAAAUUAAUUAAAGGAGGCACGAUAACUACGUUCAUUGUUCAAAAAAUGUAUUGCAACCUUCGAACAAAUCAGUUCCCAUAAAUUUUCUUAAAUAUUUAUAAAUGAAUUUCUCCCCAAUAUUUGCGUUGUUAUAAAACUUUCCCUAAUUUAACUUGAAUUUUUUUUUAUUAUUCAGCAAAAGAGGAGGAAAUCUCUAUAUGAGUAAAUUAAGACUAUGCUUAAUAUGAGAAUGAUUUAUUAAAGAUGCGAUGCAAGGCGAAGUAAAAUGGGUUGUUCUUCACAAGAAAUGUGCAUACUAUUAAAAGAAUUCUGUAAAUAAUCAUAUUCGCUUCAAAAAAAACACACGUAACUGAUUGAAGUUAAAAAUCUCCAGAUGUUAGGAGAAACCUCCGAGAUGUUAAUGUGAACUUUAUGUUUAAACAAUUAGAAUCCCUUUAUAAAAUGAGAUCUAAUAAAUUUCACAGACUGGGAACUCAUUGAUUUUCCUAGCAUCUGAUUUCCAGUCGUCAUUCGAAGCGCA